AUGGAACUGUCGUCAGCAUGCCAGGAUCGAUCCUUCAAAGUAAAACCUUUGUUUGCCGUACUCAAUAAUAAUUUUUUGAAAUUUGGACACUUCUCUGCAAAUCUAAGCAUUGAUGAAAUGAUCGUCAUGUACUACGGUAGGAAUAGUCCGAAACAGUUUAUACGAGGCAAGCCUAUAUGUCUUGGAUAUAAACUUUGGGCUCUCUGUGGGAGCGAGGGAUAUUAUUACAAUUUUUCUCUCUAUUGCGGUAAAGAAUCUGAUGCAAGAAAUGAUACUCCUCUUAGUACUCGGGUUAUGAUGAAACUAACAGAGAAUAUUGCGAAUCCUUCAAGCUACACUUUAUAUUUUGAUAUCUUUUUUACUAGCAUUGAUCUUUGA